GGCUGGGGGGCUGAGGAUUUUAUUUUCGGUUUGCAGCGCAAAAGAAGAGCAAUGAGGCCAGGACGCGGAUGGGGACGGCGAGGCAGCGGCGCCAAUAAAAGCCGGCCACUGGCGGCCCGGCAGGGUCUCGGCGCCCCGCGACCGGCGGACCCGCCGUGGCGAGCGCGGCCGGGGGUUCGGGGACCGCCUCCGCUGGGCCGGGGAGGGCCGGACGGAACGCGGGCGCGCGGGCGCGGCUUCCGGCGGGCCAGGAGCGCGGAACGUGCGUCCGGGGCGGGACUUCCGGCGAGGCGCGGAAGCCGCGGUAGUUGCCGGUGAAGGUGAGCAGCGGGAGGAUGCAGGCGGCGCGGCACGUCGUGUGCGCCCUGUCCGGCGGCGUGGACAGCGCCGUGGCCGCACUGCUGUUGAAGCGGAGAGGUUACCAGGUGACAGGGGUGUUUAUGAAGAACUGGGACUCGCUGGACGAACAUGGGGUCUGUGCUGCUGACAAAGACUGUGAAGAUGCUUACAGAGUCUGCCAGAUCUUAGACAUCCCUUUCCAUCAAGUGUCCUACGUGAAGGAGUAUUGGAACGAUGUGUUCAGUGAUUUUUUGAAUGAGUAUGAAAAAGGAAGGACUCCCAAUCCUGACAUAGUUUGCAACAAGUACAUCAAAUUCAGUUGCUUUUUUCAUUAUGCUGUGGAUAAUCUUGGGGCAGAUGCCAUUGCCACAGGUCACUAUGCAAGAACGUCACAGGAAGAUGAAGAAGUCUUUCAGCAGAAGCACAUUAAGAGGCCAGAAGGGCUUUUCAGAAAUCGGUUUGAAGUUAGAAAUCCGGUAAAACUCCUCCAGGCAGCUGACAGCUUUAAAGACCAGACCUUCUUUCUCAGCCAGGUUUCCCAGGAUGCCCUGAGGAGAACCAUCUUCCCUCUGGGGGGAUUAACAAAAGAUUUUGUAAAGAAAAUCGCUGCUGAGAAUAGACUUCAUCACGUGCUUCAGAAGAAAGAGAGCAUGGGCAUGUGUUUCAUCGGGAAGAGAAAUUUUGAACAUUUCCUCCUUCAGUAUUUGCAGGCUCGACCUGGUCAGUUCAUUUCCAUAGAAGACGAUAAGGUUGUGGGAACACAUAAAGGUUGGUUCCUGUAUACCUUGGGCCAGAGAGCAAACAUCGGUGGCCUGAGAGAGCCCUGGUACGUGGUGGAGAAGGACAGUGCCAAGGGCGACGUGUUUGUGGCUCCCCGGAUAGACCACCCAGCCCUGUACAGGGACCUGCUGAGGACCAGCCGGGUGCACUGGAUCACAGAGGAGCCGCCUGCAGCACUGGUCCGGGACAAGAUGAUGGAGUGCCACUUCCGAGUCCGCCACCAGAUGGCACUAGUGCCCUGCGUGCUGACCCUUAAUCAAGAUGGCACCGUGUGGGUGACGGCCGUGCAGGCUCUGCGUGGCCUUGCCACGGGACAGUUUGCCGUGUUCUACAAGGGGGACGAGUGCCUGGGCAGCGGGAAGAUCCUGCGGCUGGGGCCGUCUGCCUACACGCUUCAGAAGGGCCAGCACAGAGCUACGGUCGCCACCACGAGCCCCAGUGACAGCCCAGAAGAGGGCCCAGACCUGCGUCCCUCGCUCUGACAGAGACGGAGCUGCUGGGAGGAGCCUGGAGGUGUGGACAGGAACUAUCCUGGAGCUAUCCUCACAGGAACGUGAGCAAGAGGGAGGUGGGGUGGCCAGGCAGAAGGUAGCGUGGGCACCAGGUCAGCAUGGGUGAGGCUGCCCUCCAUAACCAACGGUGGGCUCCGCUGUCCUGCCAACCCUGGGGCCUCUGCCUCGGCCAGUGGAGGAAGUUGGGGCACAAACCUGCCUCUUGGGCCCCAGACUCCACUGGCGACAGCUUCCUGACUGGCCGGGCUUCCCUCUCUGCAGAAGGUACAAUUGCCUGCGCAUGCCCCACAAGGCCAGCAGCCAACUCUGGAGGGCUUCGGCGCAAUGUCUCAGAUUCAGCAGAAGCUGUUGGCCAGGGGGUCAGAGGGCCAAGGAUCUGAGCUGCUCUCCUGGCCUCUUUCCUACCCCCCCACCAGCACCCAAGGCUGGCACGCUCCAGAAGCUGUGUCCCUCAGAUGACCUUCUGAAGACCCGGGGUGCCCCAGGAGCACAGGCAGGCAGGUAGCCCUUCCUGCCUGCAUGGGCGCCCCCAGUGGCCUGGCCUUAGCCACUUGCCACACCUCUCCAUGAAGACAGAAGGGGAGGGAAAGGAAGAAAAACAUCUUCCGGCCAAGAGCUGGAUGCUCAUACCUCCCCGCUCCCUGCUCAUAACACAAAUGAAAGCAAAGCCCUUGCUCUUCUCCCCACCCAGGUCAUUUCCAAGAUAAUCUCAGUGAGACGCAGGGCCCAGGACAGCACCCCCUCGCUAGCUUCAAACACCCUGAGCCUGCCUUGGGCCCAGGCCCUGGCUCCCAUGUUGUCCCAUGUUGUCCCAUGUCAGAGCCUUGCCCGGCCCAAGCCCUUUCCUUCUUGGGGAGUUUUUUUUUUGUUUUUUUUUUUUUUUUUUCCAAGA